AUGGCUUGGAUGACUUACAUUUCAAAUUGGUUUGAGCAAGAUGAUUGGUAUGAAGGACUACAAAGAGCAAACAUGUCGCAGGUCAGGCAGGUGGGGCUGCUGGCCGCGGGCUGCCAGCCGUGGAACAAGGACGUGUGUGCCGCCGGUGGAGACAGGUUUGCCUAUUGCGCCACGCUGGCCAUCUAUGUUUACCAGUUGGAUCACCGUUACAAUGAAUUUAAACUUCACUCGAUUAUGUCUGAACACAAGAAGACAAUCACAGCCAUCUCCUGGUGUCCGCAUAACCCUGACCUGUUCGCAAGCAGCAGCGCUGAGAACUCGGUGAUCGUCUGGAACGUUGCGGAACAAAAAGUCGUCGCUAAACUCAACAAUACGAAAGGGACGCCUGCCUCCCUUAGCUGGUGCUGGAACGCGGGCAACGCGGUGGCCUUCACCUCCCGCCGGGGCCCGCUGUUCGUCUGGGCCGUUUCGGGGCCCGAGAGCGGGGUGACCGUGCACCGAGACGCCCACAGCUUCCUGUCAGACAUCUCCGUGUUUAGGUGGCACACCCAGAAAAGGGGGAAAGUUGUCUUUGGUCACAUGGACGGAAGCAUAUCGAUCUUACAACCAGGUAGUAAAAGUCAGAAGCACGUUCUGAGGCCUGAGUGUCUUGAAGGGCCAGAUGAAGAGGAUCCAGUCACAGCCCUGGAAUGGGACCCGCUCUCCACUGAUUACCUCCUUGUGGCCAAUGUGCAUUAUGGGAUUCGGCUGGUGGACUCGGAAUCGCUUUACUGCAUCACGACGUUUAACUGUCCCAGUGCGGCGGCUUCGGUGCAUUGCUUGGCCUGGGUCCCCAGUGCCCCCGGGAUGUUUGUAACGGGAGAUUCUCAAGUAGGCGUUUUACGCAUUUGGAGUGUUUCAAAAACCACACCUAUUGAUAACUUUAAAUUAAAGAAAACAGGAUUUCACUGCUUACAUAUACUCAAUUCUCCUCCAAGAAAAAAAUUCUUAAUCCAGCCUCCAACCAAAAACCACUACACGUCCUCCACGAGCGAGGCGGUGCCCCCGCCGGCGCUGACUCGGACCCAGGCCUUCUCGCUGCCCCCGGGCCACGCCCUGUGCUGCUUCCUGGACGGGGGCGUCGGCCUCUACGACCUGGGGGCCCGGACGUGGGAUUUCCUCAGGGACAUGGGACACGUGGAAACCAUCUUUGAUUGCAAAUUUAAGCCUGCUGACCCGAGUCUCUUGGCCACCGCCUCGUUUGAUGGCACCAUCAAAGUCUGGGAUGUGAACACGCUGACGGCAGUCCACACUUCCCCGGGGAACGAGGGUGUCAUCUACUCCCUGUCGUGGGCUCCAGGUGAUUUGGAUUGUAUUGCUGGAGCAACUUCCCAAAAUGGUGCUUUUAUUUGGGAUGUUAAAAAGGGCAAAAUGAUACAACGCUUUAAUGAGCACGGAAAAAAUGGAAUAUUCUGCAUUGCCUGGAGUCAUAAAGAUUCCAGAAGAAUAGCGACCUGCAGCGAGGAUGGUUUUUGUAUUAUUCGAACAAUCGAUGGUAAAGUGCUACACAAAUACAAACACCCUGCUGCGGUCUUCGGUUGUGAUUGGAGCCUAAACAACAAAGACAUGAUCGCCACGGGCUGUGAGGACAAAGACGUGCGUGUCUAUUACGUGGCCACCAGUUCCGACCAGCCGCUGAAGGUGUUCAGUGGGCACACAGCCAAGGUCUUCCACGUCCGGUGGGCGCCGCUCCGGGAGGGAGUUCUCUGCAGCGGUUCUGACGAUGGUUCCGUUCGAGUCUGGGAUUACACUCAGGACGCCUGCGUGAACAUCCUCCGCGGACACAGUGGCCCCGUGCGUGGGUUAACGUGGAACCCCGAGAUCCCCUACCUGCUCAUCUCGGGCAGCUGGGACUAUACCAUGAAAGUAUGGGACACUCGAGACGGGACUUGCUUGGAUACUGUGCGUGACCACGGUGCGGAUGUGUAUGGGUUAGCCUGCCACCCCGGCCGGCCCUUCACCGUGGCCUCCUGCUCCCGGGACUCGACGGUGCGGCUCUGGUCCCUGGCCCCUCUGAUCGCUCCUUUACAGAUGAAAAUUCUGGCCGACAGACCUUUGAAGGAAAUCGUCGGGAACACUGAUUACGCCCUACUGCAAGGCACGCCUCCCGUCCUGUGUGGCAAAGUGUCCAGAGAUAUUAAACAAGACAUCGAGAAGCUCCCCAGGGACCCUCGUGUGGAAAGACUGAGAAGGUUUUCAGAGUGCUUAUCACCUCCAGGUGGCAGCGACAAUCUGUGGAACCUGGUUGCCGUGCUACAAGGGCAAGAUGACAGCCUGCUCCCCGAGAGCUACCGUGAGGGCGUAAUGCAUCGGAAGCAUCUGGUCCAGUUUAGAACGUCUGAAGCCCAAGAACUGACAACGGUCAAGAUGUCCAAAUUUGGUGGCGGUAUUGGUGCUCCUACUAAAGAAGAAAGACUGAAGGAAGCCGCUGAAAUACACUUGAGAUUAGGACAGAUUCAGAGAUACUGUGAACUGAUGGUCGAACUUGGGGAGUGGGACAAAGCCUUGUCUGUCGCCCCAGGGGUGUCCGUGAAAUACUGGAAGAAGCUAAUGCAGAGGAGAGCCGAUCAAUUAAUCCAGGAAGAUAAGGAUGAUGUCGUUCCCUAUUGCGUAGCCACUGGGGACGUGAAAAAGCUAGUCACUUUCUUCCUGUCCCGGGGUCAGCUGAAGGAAGCCCUGGUCGCUGCCCAGGCUGCUUGUGAGGGGAAUAUGCAGACCUUCCAUGUUUCUACAGCGAAAGGGCCGUCCUGUUCCGACGAUUUCUACAAGGAAGACUUUAACGACCUCCUGCACUCGGUGAGUGAAGAACUGGCAGAACGGUACCUGCAGGACGGGCGGGCAGUGCUGGCCGCGUGCUGCCACUUGGCGGCCGACGACAUCGAGCUGGCCAUGGCCUCCCUGAUUCGCGGGAACGAGCUGGAGCUGGCGGUCUGCGUGGGCACGGCCCUCGGGGAGGCGGCGGCCCCCGCCACCCACUGCGCCCUGGAAUUGCUGGCGAGGAAGUGCAUGAUGAUUCCAAUGUGCUGUGGUCAGAGGGGGUUCUCACGGAAGUUUCCCCUUUGUUCUGCGACCAGGAGUUUGGCGGCCGAUCUUCUCCUGAUGAUUCCCGAUAACGGACUCCAGUUAGUAAAGCUCUGCGCUUUCUACCCAGGGUGUGCGGAGGAGAUCAACGAUCUUCACGAGAAGUGCAAGCUUCCCACAGUCGAAGAAUGCACGCGCUUGGCUGAGGCCGCCUGGGCAGACGGCAGUGUGCUCGAAGCUGUGAAGUACUACUUGUUGAGUCAAGAGCCCGAAAAAGCCCUUCCUAUCGGCAUUGACUUCGUCAAGGGAUACAUCAAGAGUUCCAACUGGACUUUGGAUGUCGUUUAUCCCAUUCUUGACCUAUUGAGUUAUAUUCGUACUGAAAAAUUACUCUUGCAUACAUGUACUGAAGCUCGAAAUGAGCUGCUUGUGCUGUGCGGCUACGUCGGAGCGCUGCUAGCUGUCAGGAGACAGUACGGGAGCAUCGUGCCAGCGCUUUAUGAGUACACGAGCCAGCUGUUAAAACGCCGGGACGUGGCCGUGCCUUUAACGAUCGAACGCCUUUCUGAGGAGCUGGACGCGUGGAGAGCAUGCACGCAGCCCGUCAACCAGUCAUCGGAAGCCUCUCCGUAUACACCCCCUUCUGAGUCACAGAGAGCGGUUUACGCAACUUUACGGAAGAGGCUGAAAGAGGAGCCGCUCAGAGGACUGACCGGGCCCGGUCACGUGACGGGCUCCCACCUGCCUAGCCACUCCGACAGUCACGUCUCCUGCCUUACGGGGUUAAAAAUCCAGGGCCCUGUGUGUUUCCUUGAAGACGGGAAGUCCACCGUCUCGCUGAACGAUGCUUUGAUGUGGGCAAAAGUGAACCCUUUCUCACCUUUAGGGACUGGAGUUCGACUCAACCCAUUCUGA